AUGCCGGAUCUGUCUGCGGGGAGCGGUGCACAGGGAAUUGGCGGCGCAACAGUAACGCUGCUUCACUCCCUCGGUGCGCACGUAUUUUUCGGCGACUGGGACGACGUCAAGGGUCGCAAACUCGAGCAAGAUCUCGGCAGCGGCCAAGCAAACGGUGGUUCCGCGUACUUCCAAAAGUUGGAUGUCCGGGACUACAACUCCCAGCUUGCGCUGUUCGACGCUGCUUAUACCAAGCAUGGCAAAGUCGAUGUCGCCAUCUCGUGCGCAGCCGUUGGUGAGCCCGCGGGCUGGUUCGAACCUGAGGACCUCAACUUAGAGACCGUUCGAAAUGAGCCAGGUCCCGUCAAGGAUCACAUUGAAAUCAACUUGACCAGCGUCAUCUCCUUUUCCCGGAUCGCCCUCGCUUACAUGAAGUCGAAUAACUCGGAGCUAGCCCCCGCCGAGGACUUCUCCAAGUCCAUCGUGCUCGUUUCGUCCAUUGCCGGAAUCACGGAAGCGCCCGGUCUCUUCGCCUACUCACCCGCCAAGCACGGCGUGAUCGGCCUCAUGAGGGCCCUCCGGCCCUGGGCACCCGUCAAGUACGGCGUGCGCGCCAACGCAAUCUGCCCCUGGGCUACGGAUACGCACCUCCUCAGCGGCGUGAAGGAUAAGUGGGUCAAGGAGAAGAUGCCGAUGAACACCCCCGAGAACGUGGCCCGGCUCAUCCUCCAAUGCGCCGCCGACAAGGCGUUGAACGGCACGGCCGUCUUCGUCUCGGGCGGGCGCGGGUUCGACACAGAGGAGGGAAUCAACCGGACGCUACCGCAGUGGAUGGGAGAGGAGAAUGCCAAGCAGUUCUUGCGAGGGCAAGAGGUCUUGGGCCUGGCCUGCGUAAUUCCACGACCUAUCGGCUGGAUCUCCACGACGAGUCCCGAUGGCAAAACACACAACCUCGCACCCUACUCCCAAUUCACAAACGUCACCUUUGAUCCGCCCUACGUCAUGUUCAGCGCAAACCAAACGUCGGGGAACAACCGCAAAGAUACAGUGGAAAACGCCGAGAAGUCGGGGAAAUUUUGCUGGAACCUAGCAACGUGGAAGCUGCGGGAACAGCUCAACGUGACGGCGGAGCAAGUCCAGUACGGCGUCGACGAAUUUGAGCGCGCUGGCCUCGAAAAGUCCUUCUCGUCCAAGCUCCCGGGAGACGCGAGCAACCCCGUCCCGAUGGUGGAACCCCCGAUGGGAACGGUGGAUAUUGUGAUUGGUCGCGUGGUGGGCGUGCACAUCGACGACAGCGUUCUCACGGAUGGCCGCAUCGAUGUGAAGAAAACGGAGCCCAUUGCGAGGUGUGGAUACUACGAUUAUACGGUGGUGAGGGAUACGUUUGAAAUGGUGAUUCCUGGGAUGGAUGAGGCUUUAUUAGCUGGGCUGGAGGGAAGCGUCAAGCUCCACGAGACGUUUGCGAGCCGGGAGGACGAGGAACGACGAGAAUGA